AUGGAAAAUGAAAAGUUUAUGGAAGCUUCUUACGAGAUUGCCUUGUUGAUAGCUAAAGACAAGAAACCACACACUAUUGGUGAGUCCCUUGUAAAACCUUGUUUACUUACUGCUUGUAAAACUAUAUUGAAUGAAGAAAGUUGUGCUAAAGUUGCAAAAAUUUCUCUGUCAAACGAUACAAUAAAACACAGAAUCGAUGAAAUGGCUCACGAUUUGAAGAAUCAAAUAAUAGAAAAAUUAAAUAAGUCUCCGUUCUUUUCACUUCAGUGUGACGAAACAACGGACAUUUCGCAGAAUUCUCAAUUACUGUUUUAUUCAACAAAGGCGGUUGAUGUAUUUUCUGUUCUUUCUGAUUUUUCAAUAUCUAACAGUCUUCCUUGGGAGAAAGUAAUUGGUAUAUGCACUGACGGAGCUCAAGCUAUGACUGGCUGUAAAAAUGGUUUUAUUCAACUAGUCAAGGAAAAAAACCCUAACAUAAUUGGUUCACACUGCAUCAUUCAUAGACAGGCUUUAGCUUGCAAGACUUUACCUGAAUCACUAAACUCAGUUUUGAAUUUGGCAAUAACAAUUGUCAACUGUGUAAAAUCUAGUGCUUUAAAUACUAGAAUUUUUAAUGUUUUGUGUAAUGAGUUGCAAAGUGACCAUCAAACUCUUAUUUAUCACACAGAAGUUCGUUGGCUGUCUAAAGGACAUACAAAUAUUCUGAAGUCGUACGAUACAAUUCAAGCUUUUUUAGAAAAAAUAUCAUUGUGGCAACGCCAUCUUUGUGCGACCAAACCUAAUUUCUCAUCUUUUCCACGGCUUAAUGAACUUCUUGAUGAUACCGAAAAUCACAUAUUAAAUAUCGAGAAUGAGUUUAAGGAAUUGAUUUCAGCACAUCUGGUAUCUUUAAAAGACCAACUAUCAAAGUAUUUUCCUGAUAUUUCUACAGAGAACUGGCAAUUUAAAUUAGUAUUAGAUCCAUUCAAAAUUGAUGUGGACAUACUUCCAGAUUAUCUUCAAGAGCAAACCAUCGACCUUAAGAAUGAUUCACAAGCAAAAGAAGACUUUAAAAAUAAGACUGUUGAAGAUUUUUGGCUGUGUUAUCUCUCUAUUAAUCCGGAAGUUGCCAAUGAAGCUGCGAAGUUAUUGGUUCAGUUUUCUUCCACCUACCUCUGCGAGUCUGGCUUUUCGGCGCUUGCUUAUAUAAAAUCGAAAUAUCGAGCACGAUUGGACGUGGAGUGA